AGACAAUGCAGAAAAUUGUCGUUUCUUUUUCUCAUGAGAUAAUGUUUAGGACGUCAGCUGUUUCGUGAACAUAAAAUAUAUUGCCUGUAACUCUGGAAUAUUUCAUUUGUAUUUAAUUUCUUAAAAAUAACUAUCUGUUUUUACGGAGGUGGAAACAGGGUAAACAAAAUGUAAAAUGCUGAAAAUGUCUAACUUGGCUAAGAAAGUGAGACCAGAACAAAAGUUGCCUCUCAAAUCUACAGCAACCCAAAGCAAGGCAUCUUAUGAUCUCAAGAGGCUCCAGUCCCUGCUUGCCAAAAGCAGCUCCAGACAAGAGGUGUCAACACCGAGUCACAGUAAAUCAGCCAACAGCAGGGCCAUCAGAUCCUCACAUUCUCCAAAACACUCCAGCAGGCUCAGGAAUGAAACUUAUCCUGACAAUGAAGUGGCCCAACUGGAAAAAUUCAGCAUAAUAUACAAAGACCAAAGAUGUUUCAGCAGUCACCCGUUGAGUAAACUGUUCCUGGACAUUCUUACAUCUUUGGUUAGGAAUCGACUCUGCAGUGAAUGGAUCGACCACGCAACACCCGAAGCCGUCAAUAGAGUUCUGAUCUGCAUUCGACUGCUGAUCAGGGAUCCCAAUUAUCAGAAUAUUCUUCACCAGCUUGAAGGCAUCAGUCUGCUUGCCAAGUACAUGGAGUCUGUCACUGCCAAGUACAUAUCCUGUGGUGAGGAGGUGUUUGAUACACAGAAGCUCGUUACAAUGACCUACAUGUUUCAGAAGUUGUCGACCGCUGAUAAUCAACGGCUGUGGGUCAUUGAGAGUGGCGCGCACAGGACGUUGGUGAAACUCCUCUCCACCACAGACCGCAGCGUUUUACAGGGAGCUCUGCUUGCACUCACCGCUUUGGCUGAGAGCUCUGAAUGUAGAACAGAAAUCGGAGAACUGCAAAUUGUGGAUAGCCUUCUUGUAAUACUGCAGGAAUAUGACCUGCUCUCAAAGAGAAUGAGUGCUGAGCUGCUGAGGCUCCUGUCUUCAGUGCAACAUGUGAGGGUCCAGCUGAAGGAGCUGGAGGGAGUACCGGUGCUGCUGAGCCUCCUGCACAGCAGGAACCUGAAGCUGCUGUGGAGCGUCACCUGGGUCCUGGUCCAGCUGUGUGAGGAUCCAGACUCCAGGGCUGAGAUCCGGAGCUGGGGGGCCGUGCAGCAGCUCCUCCGUCUGCUCAGCGUGCAGCACGCCUCUGACCGCUCCAGCAUGGAGAUGCUUCCCGCUCCCAGCAGCGCCCCAGAGGAGUUUGGACCGCAUGAGGAGCUGCAGAACGCUGUGGCUCUGCAGUCCGCGUGCUGUACAGCCCUGACUGAGCUGAGUCUGGACGACACGUCUGCUCACCACAUCGUACAAGAAAACGGUAUCUACAUAAUUGCAAACCUAAUUUUGCUAAAAAGCUCUGGACCGAAGGUCACGUCUUUACAGUGUUACGCUUUCCGAGCGCUGCGAUUUCUCUUCAGCGCUGAAAGAAACAGGUUUAUUUUUAAAAGGCUCUUUCCCACAGACCUCUUUGAGUCGUUUAUUGAUGUUGGACAUUAUGUCAGAGACCUCACAGCUUAUGAGGAGCUACAAACCAAAGUGUCUCUCUACACUGAAGAGGAACUGAGUUGUCUGAGAGAGAAUAUUGAGUCCCUGAACCAGAACCGACCGCCGCUCAGAGUAAUCGGUGGCUACUCCAUAUUGGACCACCUGGGCUCUGGGGCGUUUGGAAGUGUCUUUAAAGUCCAGAAGCAGACCGGUCAGAACUUCCUGGCUCUGAAGGAGGUGAACCUGCACAACCCGGUGUUUGGCAAAGACAAGAAGUCCAGAGACAGCAAUGUGGAAAAGAUAAUCUCUGAGCUUACAAUCAUCAGAGAACAGAUGACACACCCAAACAUAGUUAAAUAUUACAAAACAUUUUUGGAAGACGACAAGCUUUACAUUGUAAUGGAGCUGAUCGAAGGCGUGCCACUGGCUGAACAUUUCAACUCUCUGAGGGACAAGCAACAAAAAUUCACUGAAGACAGAAUCUGGAACAUUUUCAUCCAGAUGUGCCUGGCCUUGAGGUACCUGCACCAGGAGAAGAGGAUAGUUCACCGUGACCUUUCACCCAGUAACAUCAUGCUGGGGGAGAACAAUAAAGUCACCAUCACUGACUUUGGGCUCGCCAAGCAGAAACAGGAGAACAGUGAGCUGACAUCAGUGGUCGGCACCAUCCUUUACUCAUGCCCAGAGGUGGUGCAGAACAAGCCCUAUGGGGACAAAGCCGACAUCUGGGCUUUGGGCUGCAUCUUGUACCAGAUGGCAGCUUUACAUCCACCAUUCUACAGCAGCAACAUGCUGUCACUGGCCAGCAUGAUCGUUGAAGGAGUCUAUGAGCCGGUUGAAGAGGGAGCGUUUUCAGACAGACUCACAGAUAUGAUCCGAUGGUGUUUGAGUUCGGACCCGGAGCAGCGGCCGGACAUCGUAGCCGUCAGCUCCAGGAUUUCUGACCUCAUGAUGAGGCUGAUGGACGGACUCUACAUCUCCCAGAAUGCACUGCAGCGCAGGGCUGAUAAAGACAGGAAACGAACACAGAAGUAUUUUUUGGAAAGGCAACAGAGCAGGAAUAACUUCUGCCACUCAGACAUGGGAAGGCGGCUGACUGAAACUGAAUGUUUGGCUCGGAGCUCCUCUGCAGUCUGCAGCGCUGGUGACGCCAUGCAGGCAAACUGUCAAGCUCCAGUGGUCCAGCCUGUGGUUUGUGCCUCACCGGAUCAGAUUGUAGCCUGUGGGGAUUUUGCUACUUCCAAGAUAAAAUCAAGACCAGGGUCUCUAGGGAUCUGUGUCUCUCAGAGGAAACUGCGACAGAUCGACGAUCCCAUCCAACGGCUGCUGGUCCAGCUGCACAAAAUCAUCUUCAUCACUCAACUUCCUCCCGCUCCGAACUACAACAUGAAGCGGCGACUCGUUGAACGAUUCAAAAAGUCUCUCUUCCAGCUCGGCAGCGACCCUUACAACCUAAAGGUGGAGCUCAGAAAGCUGGUCCAGGCUUCCUCAGAACUGGUGGAGACGAGCUCAACCAGUUUGGACUGGCAGCGUGUGGUGCAGCUCCUCCGAGGGGAACACCUCGCUGCAGACACCUCAGGUGAUGAGAAUCUCAGGGACGGAGUUACAUAUCAGCAGAUGCAGGAAAUCAUUGAGGAGCUUUUAGAGGAGAACAGCUACUACCAAGCAACAAGCAACAGGGCCAAAGAAGGGAACCGGCAGCCAUCUGCUUCCACCUGGCCAGGGGUCUGAUCACUGAUGACAUCAGCAGCAACAGGACUUGUAAACACACAUGAGCACAUGCAAAGACGAAAACAACAUGCUGACAUUCAGAAGGAGAAGAAGAAGAAUGGUGCGCAUUAAUGACAGGAGGGAUUUUUAACUACGUUUGAGUCUCUGAGGAUCCUGCGGUUUUAUAAAUUUGGAUGGAAACUCAAAUGUGACUGAAAAAUGUAACGUGCAAAGAAAAAUUACUGGGGCAUUUCUAAAACAAAUUUAUCUUUAAAAUUAUUUGCACUUCAUCACAUCUACACAGUAAAGAAGCUAAAUUAAAUUAACUUAUUUUAAUAUGCAGAGCUUUGAAACAGUUUUCCACCCUUGGACUUUUCCACAUUUUGUCACCUUCAACCGUAAAUUUAAACACAUUUAACUUGAAUUUUAUGUGAUUCACCAAAACAGAUCAAAAUCUUACAGGUUUUACUUCAGGAUUUCCAUCCAUUUUGUCAUCAACUCUAAUUCCUGCUACAGAAAAGCAACACCACACCAUGAUGCUGCCACCACCUCUCUCUGCUGUGGGGAUGCUGUGAUCAGUUUUUGCCGUUUGUAAUUUUACUUCCACUUUCCAAUAAUGAUCUACUUUGUGUUAAAAGUAGAUCAUGAAAUAGCAUUCAAAUAGUGUUUUGGUUUGUAAUGUGAGAAAAUGUGAAAAACAUCGAGCGGUGAGAAGAUAAAACCUUUUAUAAUAAAACUCUGUGGUGGCGCAGCAUUUAUAAUCACCGCAGCGGAAACAUUCAUUUCACCCCCACAUGCUGUUUGUCUGCAUAAAUGUGACUGUGAAGGUAAAGAUAAUUUAACCCUUGAUGAAACGUCUUUCUGUGUAAAUGUUAAACCUGUUUCUGUUUGAGUUUGAUUCUCUUUAAACUCAGCAGCAGAUUUAACCGUUUUAGCUCAUCGCUGCAUGUGACAGCAAGCGCUUUUUACCUUCAACCCACAAUUUCCUGCUCGUAUAUCUGUCAAAGGGCUGAUAAGAGCUUUCACUUUGAUUGAGCACGUCUCACUGUCUGACUGCAGGUAAAUGUAAAAACCAGUUCACAUGGGGGAUUUCUGCACAUUUGUGCUGGGUGCAGUUUGAACUGAAAUAAAUUAUCUACACAGAGUGAAAAAAAACAAAUGUAAAGAGCGUUUAAAUAUAAGAUUUCUUCUGCACUUUGAUUUAAAAAACUAUUCUGUAUUCAUCUGCUUUCGGUUAUAAAAGCUGAUCAACAUAAACAACUUAUUUCAUGUUAUUUUGUUCACAUAAUUUUGAUUUAAGGCAUUUAGUAGUUUAAGGUUAUGUCCAUGAAGUAACAUCUUGUUUGUUUUUCCACAGCAGUUAUGGCUUGAUAUAAAAGACUGAAGCAAAACUAAACUUAAAAAUUAACAACUUUAAAAUAAAACCAUCUUUACAAUGUUUGUUUUUAACCUGCAGAAAGUUCACUGUAUAUUUUUAAGAAAAGAAAGAAAGAAACUGGCUUGUUAAUAUUGUGAAAUGCGGAGCAGUAACUCUGUACUUUAGGGAUUUAAUUUACUGUUUAACAGACCAGUGGGCGCAAAGUGAGCAGUCUCCUACUGACCCAACAGGGGGCGCUGCAGUCCACGUUAAUAAAGGGAAGUAACGUAAAACUUGAGCUUGUCAGUGAAGAACAUUUUUAAAUAACGAUGGCAAAGUUCAAUAAACAAAACAAAAUAUAGACAAAGAAAAACAGUGAAUGUUUAAUGAUUUCAUAAAUGAAAUUUUACAAAUGAAAAAUGAUCGUAUGUACAAACAGUUUUCACACUGCGCUGGUUUGUAGCAGAAACAUAAAAAGAGAAAAGUAAAAACUAAAUGUUGGAAAAUGUUGGCACAUUACUGGCAGGCACAUGUGAGUUUUUAUAGGACGCAGGUUAAGCUGCUUAAAUCCAAUAACUUAUAAUUCAUAUCAUUAUUUCUGAUUCUCCAAAAUGAACAUCUUUAAUUUCAGACCAACUUUUCCUUCUUCUAAUUAAUACAACAAUUUUCAAGUUUACUAAAAUGUUUUUUUUAAUGUUCUUUAGUUAUGUUUGCCACUUUGUCACAAACACAGUGUAGCAAAAACAACAAGCAGCUCAGACUGAUAAGAACAUUAAUUUUGUAGUUAAACUGGAAACAGGAAAUAAAAAUAGAAUAGAGGAUGUAAACUAAUCUACCCCACAGUGCAACAAAGGCUACAAAAUCCUUUUAUGGUUCAUAUGUUUAAUCCUGAUAAAAAGAACAA